AUGGGAGGGGCUAGAAGGUGGCGCCAACCAGACCCCGGCGCCGCGAGGCCCCCAGCGCCCAUGGACAGCAGGCCAGGCGGGCCCGAAGGAAACCCAACGGGCCACCACCCAACCCCGCCCCCCAAGCAACUGCAGCGUCAGGCCCCCGCAAUGGUCCCGACCUGGGCCACACCGCCCGCAGCAAAUCGACCCCCAGCAGAAGGACGAGGCGCGCCACCAGGGCGCACGGACGACAGGCCCCACCCAGCCCCCCCCGAACCCCGACGCGCAGGAGCACAGGCCAACCCGCAACCCCGCCAGUACCCCCCCAGACCGCCACAGACCCAAAGCCGGACCCCCAGCCCAUCCGACCCGCCCCCCACCGCCGGCCGCACACAAACGGGCAGGCCCACACUGCACAGCACCAGAACACCCCCCGCGGGCAGCACCCAGCCCCCACACCAGGCCCCCCAGCCCAGGGGAGGACCCCGGGCCCGCCCGAGGGCGGGAGAGAGGAGCCGGGAGGGACGGGGAGGGACGGGGAGAGGGGGGAGGGAGCCCACCUACCCCGUACCACCAGGGGCGGAAACAGCCCCCCAGGGGGGACCGGCCAUGCCGCCCCAGGCCCAGGGAGCACGAGGAGACCCCGCCACCCCCAGGCACACAGGGCGAGCAGUCCAGACGCACCCGCUCCCAAGGGAAACUGCCCGGCCCCGCAAUCCCCCACAGAGCCAGGGAGCAGGCCCGGAUUCAAGGGGGAGAAGGUGCACCUAA